CAGGCUAAGCUUUGGAACUGUGGGUGCUGAAGAUGUUCUCAGUAAUUUCUAGCCAUGGCCUCUGCUGGGGUGGGCUUCAGAAGAGCACUCGCCUGAACCAGCUGGUGUGGAGGAGGCAGUGCUGUCAGCAUAGGCACAUCCGGGUUGGGGACCGAGCUGAACUCAGCAGGACCUUCACACAGAGGGACGUGGCUGUCUUUGCACAAUUAACAGGGGACGCCAAUCCUUUGCAUUUAAAUGAAGAUUUUGCCAAACAGACCAAGUUUGGGAAGACAAUUGUACAUGGAGUUUUGAUCAAUGGACUUAUUUCCGCUCUCUUGGGUACUAAAAUGCCUGGACCAGGCUGUGUAUUUCUUUCCCAGGAAAUUACCUUCCCAGCCCCUUUAUACAUCGGGGAGGUUGUUACAGCUGCUGCAGAAGUGAAAAAGCUGAAGCGCUUCAUUGCUCUUAUUGCAGUGUCAUGCUCUGUAGUAGAAAGUAGAAAGACUGUCAUGGAAGGCUGGGUUAAGGUUAAGGUCCCAGACGCUCCCAGUUCCUAAGAUGCGUGUUUAAAGAUGCAGGUUCAGGCAGCUGCUGUUACUGAUGAGCCUUUAGGGAAGACGGUUUGCUGCUCCUUACUGAGAAAUGGCAUGUAGACCUAGAAGCCCUUAUUGGGGGCCAGGGGAGUAGGUAGGAGAAUGUUCAAAUGUCCACCUUCUGAUUUGGCCUUAUGCUUCACACAGACUCGCGUAUACUCGUGAUUUCAUCGUCUGUCUGGGUUUUUAAAAUUCAAGAAAUUAUGGAAAAGGUCAUCAUGGAGCCAAAGGUUCUACUUUUAGUAUUUCAAACCUAGUUAGAUUUGCAUUUGGAUAACAAACCUACUUAUAUCGAUGUAGAAUAAAUUUCUCACUGAAUUUAUAACUAACAAUUAUUGAAGGUGUCAAUAGAAGUGGGAUCAUCUUUGAACACCUACCCUUUACCAGUAAAUAUUCAUCAGUAGUUUCUGGAUCAGUUUAUUGUAAUUUGUUACUCUUUACACCAAGACAGUGCCCUGCUCAACCUUCAGUGGGACUUGCCUUUCAGAUGAUUUUCCUGUCAUUGGAGGAGGACUUACGUGCAGACUUGGACUCAGUCUCAUCUAAACCAUGGGGAUAGCAACACCUACCACAGAGGAUUUGGGCCGUGAUGCAUAAAGGAGCUAAGCACAGGCCUGGCCUAUGAAGGGUAGCUACUCUCCCCCCUGUGACUGAGAUAGGACUUCUCCUGAGUUUAAAGCUGACUGGCCCACAGUUAGGCAGGUAAUGAAUCAGUGUCAACCAGUCUGUAAGGAUGGUGUUGCAAACCUAAAGUUAAUUUUGAAUGCAGAGCUUAUGUUUUAAUACUGUGGAUUCUUACUUCCCUUCUUAUAAUACCACAGAUUUUUUUCCCUCAUUACAUAAAUAAUACAUGCUUAUUAUACAAGAUUAUAAGAAAUAAAUGUAUAAGGAAGACCAUGGAGGCUGGGCUCUUUAGAGUUGGGAGAUGUUGAAGGGGAAAUGUGCCAGUACUAAAAUUAGCCAGCACCUUUAAGACUAGGAUGUCUAACAGUACCAUGUGGUCCAUCUGUGCUCUGUGACUUUAGACGGUGGCCCUGAUCCCAGGCAGCUAUAAGGUUUGAUCAGGAAGAUAUGAUCAAAUGUAACUGGUUGGCUCAACCCACAUUUCCUAGAAAAAACGUUUUUCAUCUUGAUGGUGGUUUAGUAACUUGAUUGAAAUUUUGUUUGUUUUUGCACGAAGAGGAGCAGCUGAGCUGAUUACUACAAAGAUGAUUUUAGUCGCUGGAGGGCAAUGAUAUGCAUGAAGCGCUUUAAAACUUUUAAUAGUGCACCGUGCUGAGUCAGAUUGACUUGAAGGCAACGGGUUUUGGUUUGUGAAGGUGGGAAGAAAACACCAAAAUCAACCUGAGGAGCAAGGGUGCCCUUCUGAGUCUCAGAGUGGGCAGGCUGCAAGCAGGCUCAGAGCCACAUGAGGAAGGCUUGUUUAUAAGUGAAACACUGCACAUGCUGAAAAUUUGAUGUAAUGUUAACAUUGAAGAAUAAGGAAUUUGCACAAAAUGUGUAGACUUGAGGCCAGGACUUCUUGUUCCUGCAGAAGCCAUUUCCUGAGACUUAAACAGCAGCCUGGAAGUGUGGGUCCAUAAAUGGAGUAUGAUGUGAUCAUUAAUACGAAUACCUAGUACACAGUAGAGCUGGGAUUCAAACUUGGGCCUGCCUGGCUCCAAAACACUUCCUUUUCCAUCACCCUGUGGGUCUUAUAGGACCUGUGUGGUGCAGAUGGUUAACUGCUCUACUACUAACGAAAAAGUGGUGGUGUGAACCCACCCAGAUGUGCCUAGGAAGAAAGGCCUGGUGGUCUGCUUCCAAAAGGUCACAGCCUUGAAAAACCUGUGGAGUACAGUUCUCUGUAAUGUGGGGUUGCCCCAAGUCAGAGUCUUCUUGAUGGCAACUGGUUUGAUUUUGGUUUCAUGGGUCUUAUUACUGGAGCCCUACAGUUUUUAUAGUAGUGUCUAUGUGGCGUUAAGGUGAUUGGAAUGAUCUUUCUAUAGAAUUAUUUUUAUAUUCAGAAUGUUCUAGAUCUUAUUCCCUGCUACAUUUGUAGCAUGUUCAUGUAUACUGUUACUUGAUGGCUUCCAGCUAUGUCUGUCACCUCCAUUUUUCUAAGUUGAUAUUCAAUAAUUAUUUGUCUUCAGAGCAGAAUUGCUGAAAGGGUUAUUCUAAAGAUGAACAGUUACGUGCAGGCCAAGUCUGGGAGGAAGUGUCAGAUCUGGUUGAUAGCUGAAUUAUACUGUGUAACUUCCGAAAGUAGCUUCUCAACAUGAGCAUUUCCACUUGAAGCUCCUAAGUGUCCUGUUUGUCUUUGAUCUCAGUAAAUCAAUAAAAAGUUGGAACAGAGAAGUAGGCUGGAAGUUAGUGAUACUUCUCCAUAAAUGACUACUCGUCAUUUUCACCCAGAGCUAACAUUCUCAAACCUCUCAUGUUUUGUUAAUGAGAGCCACUAUCGGAAAACCUGGCCAGUUGCCUUCUCAUUUUGAGCCCUGUACGAGCCGCAGAAAAGAAUGGCUCUCUACUAAUGAAAGCAUGGGUGACCCUCAAGUUAGGAAAUCCUCUCCCAGAUCAUUGAGAGGUGGCCUUGCCUGUGCUGGGCCACACAAAAAUAAUGACUAAAAUAGCAGGCCAAAUUGUACCAGCACCUUCCACAGAGGGGCAUUGUAAGACGGCAAUUUCUGUGGCGUUUGAUCGCCACAGAAGGAAAUAUUCAUCUUAAGUAAUUUCACCCUAAUGUGCUGGGAAAUUGCCUCACAGGUUUUUAUAUUGGAAACAUUCCGCGUUGGUGAAGCGCCACUCAGGUCCUUCUCUAAGCUUCACAGGUGCCGUUCGUCCUGUAGACCUGACUGGUAGGUUUAGCUAGAAGAAUAAAUUGCUAAGUGCACAGUGGUGCCUCUUAGUAACCACAGGUUUUCAUUUCGUGCUGAAUUAUUAGUCAUUUUUCUCUUAUGUUCUUUGAGUGUGAUUCAGAGACCAAUUUACUCCCAAAGAAAAUUGCUACUAAAUUAUAUCAAGUUUUUGUAUUAAAACAUAUCCCCUGAGGGCUGAGUGUCACUGUGAGCUGCUGUGCCACUCUGAAUGCCUCAAGUAUUGGCAGAAUUUAUUAACCAGCUCUAUCUGAGCAGAAUGGGUGUGUGCUCUGAAUUACUCUUGAGCUGCUCUUGAUUAUCUCCAUGGUCCCAGAUGUUCACUUCCUUUGUUCUUGUCUUUGCCUUUUUAUGGAUUGCAAACACAACAGAAACAAGAAUUCUCAGCAUCUUCAGAGAGGAUUUUGGGUCAGAGCAAAAUUACCAGCUAGAAGAAACCAUUUAAGUUCAAAAUUAUAAGAAAACCAAGACUAAUGUUAAUGCUACAUAAAUGGAACAGGGCUAACAGCUCCACAAACAGUCAAUUUCCAAGGUGACUUAGCUAUAAAAGCAGUUCAAUGAUCAUCUUACAAAUCGGGCAAAAUUUCACUGAUGUGAUGAAAAACACCAACAUGUAAGGAAAUGAGAAUGAUUACAUGUGAGUUGAAUUCUGUUAUUGUAUGUCUAGAUCAUGGAUAUUUGAAGAAAUAAAAUCACUUUGCAUUGGAAGGCUGUGUUGCUUAGGAAACAACAGUUUUUCACAAGCUUCUAUGAUUUGAUUCAUAGAACAGUUGCCAGGUCUGAAAGCAACCUCACUGAAACUCAUUAUCUUCAUUCAGUCUGGCCAAAAGUCAGGUUGUGAGGUGAAAAACUUGCAGGCCAUCAAAACAUCUGGCAACAUAGGAGAGUAUAAUUUUUUGUUUUUAAUUUGCUGCUAGCCCUGAGUAGUAUGAGGUGUCUGCAUUCCUUAGCUUUUCUGGGCCUGAGACCGUGGAAGCAAAGCUGAUUGGAUUACGGUUAGCUCUGGCCUGGGGAGGGUUUCCCCACGUGCUGCCUGAGCCACUUCAAAAGCCAAAUGGAAUACCACCUCACCCCUAUUAGAAUGGCAAUGAUGAAAAAAACAAAAAGCAAGCAGGUGUUGGCAUGGGUGGAGAACCUGGAACCCUCAUCCAUUGCUGGUGGGAAUGUAAAAUGGUUCAGUCACUGUGGAAAACAGUUUGGCGGUUCCUCAAAAUGUUGAACAGAAAACUAUUAUAUGACCUAGGUAGGUAUAUACCCAAAAGAAUUGAAAGCAAGAACACAGAAGCCUGUAUACCAGUGUUCACUGUAGCGCUAUUCAUG